AUGAAGCCCUACCAGCAUUGGCCUGCCGCGUUUGUGCUCAUGGUUACAAUGAUAUCUCUCAUGGGCCUCACUGCUCUUCUCGGCUUCUUUCACUGGGCUGCCUGGACCGUGUACUAUUGCUGGCGAGAAAACUUCUAUGGUCGAGCUAUAGUGCCCGAUUUUAUUGUGAUCUCAGAUGAAGCGAACGGCGUGCUGGUGACGCAGUCUCUGAAGAGGUUUCACUUCUUGCCGAUUCUCACUCUCGCUGGCACCACUGCUUUGACGUGUCUGGAAACAGGAAUUCGAACUCCCGUCCUGUUCAUCGACGCCGUCCGGCGCACCCAUCAGAGACGCGAGAUCUUCGGGCGCUGGGUUCACAACUCCGCGAGCGUCUCCACGGAACAAGCUCAGGUCUGA